GAGUAUAACUUAAAUCAAAAUUGAAUCAGACCCUCUCCUCGUGGAAUUCUUCUCAUAUUAAAAAUCCCCAAAGCAAGAAAGCAGCGUCUUUUGCAGUCGCCUUCCAAAUUUCGUAGCAACAUCAUCGCCUUGGAGACUCCUCCCGAAAUCAUCAAGAAAUAGGUCGAUCUACAGUAGCUCCUUGAAGGAAGGAAACUUGAUUUGCUGAAAUGGCUGAUAACAAAAAUAAUUCACUACCUGGGUCUUCGAAAGAUAACCCUGAUCAUGAUUCUGAGACAAACCCAGUUUCCAAGGAAAAUAGUUCACUCUCAACUAUAGUCCGUAGGUUUAAGGACUCGGUUUCUUUAGGCAAGACACACAAGUUUUGGGAAAGCCAACCUGUUGGUCAAUUCAAAGACAUUGGUGACUCAAAUCUGCCUGAAGGUCCCAUCGAGCCUCCAACCCUGCUUUCUGAAGUUAAACAGGAACCUUACAAUCUCCCUAGUCAGUAUGAAUGGACCACCUGUGACAUGGAAUCUGAUGAGACUUGCCGCGAGGUUUACGAUCUCUUGAAGUGCAACUAUGUUGAGGACGAUGAGAACAUGUUCAGGUUUAAUUACUCGCAGGAGUUUCUUACAUGGGCUUUGCGUCCCCCGGGCUAUUAUCGAAGCUGGCACAUUGGAGUUCGUGCCAAAUCUUCGAAGAAGCUUGUUGCUUUUAUAACAGGCGUUCCUGCAAGGAUUCGGGUGCGUGAUGAAGUUGUGAAGAUGGCUGAGAUUAAUUUCUUAUGUGUUCAUAAGAAGCUUCGAUCCAAGAGACUUGCUCCUGUUAUGAUUAAGGAGGUUACAAGGAGGGUUCAUUUAGAGAAUAUUUGGCAGGCUGCUUACACUGCAGGAGUGGUUCUUCCAACACCAAUAACAACCUGCCAGUAUUGGCACAGGUCAUUGAACCCCAAGAAGCUUAUUGAUGUUGGCUUUUCAAGGCUUGGUGCAAGGAUGACAAUGAGCCGGACCAUAAAACUUUACAAGUUACCAGAUUCCCCUGCCACCCCCGGAUUUAGAAAUAUGGAACUUCGUGAUGUGCCUGCUGUUACGAGGUUGCUAAGAAAUUACUUGAGCCAGUUUGUUGUUGCUCCGGAUUUUGAUGAAAAUGAUGUGGAGCACUGGCUUCUUCCAACCGAGAACGUGGUUGAUAGCUACUUAGUUGAGAGCCCAGAGACUCAUGAGAUCACCGACUUCUGCAGCUUCUAUACUCUUCCAUCCUCUAUUCUUGGCAACCAGAACCACUCGACAUUGAAAGCUGCUUAUUCAUAUUACAAUGUUAGCACGAAGACUCCAUUGCUUCAGUUAAUGAAUGAUGCACUGAUUGUUGCCAAGCAGAAGGAUUUUGAUGUUUUUAAUGCAUUGGAUGUCAUGCAUAACGAGUCUUUCCUGAAGGAACUGAAAUUUGGACCAGGUGAUGGGCAACUACACUACUAUCUUUACAAUUACCGCAUAAGGCAUGCUUUGAGACCCUCGGAGCUAGGGCUAGUACUCUUAUAAAUCGAAAUGUCUGAAAGUUGGUUCUGUAGUUUCUUUGACUGACUGGGUAUGUGGCUGCACUCUUUUUUUGUUUUUUGUUUUUUGUUUUUUCUCAGCAUCAGGAUCAAUUAUGAAUCUAUUUGAGAAAACAGGUUUUGUGGUUUUAUAGGCCUAAGCUGUCGAGGCAAUUGCAAUGUCAUUAGCUAUUUAAAUUGUUCUCUGGACACAAAUAAUGCUGUGAGCUUGAAUAACCCGUUUUAUUCUGAGUUGCUGCUGCUAA